GGCACGCCAGCGCCAUGAAACUGUUAAAUGGAUCGGCGCAUGCGUAGCGCCGCUUCUCUGUGUGACUUGUAUCAGAUGUUUCAAGAUGGCGGUAGCGCCGAGACUGUGCUGUUCGCGGAUGAGUAGUAAUUCAUUAACUAAUAGUGUAAGAUUACUAAGUGCCGAUUCCAAAGUGGACGAAAAACGAUGUCCAGAAACAUUACUCGAUGUGUGUGCAAAAGUUGUGGCCUUUCACAUACCUUUCCAAAGGAUAGAGGAAAGAUAUGAUCGCAUUCCCGAACCUGUGCAGAAGAGGAUUAUUUAUUGGUCGUUUCCUCGAAAUGAGAGGGACAUAUGCAUGUAUUCUUCUCUCUCAAGUGAUAGUAACAGUUGUAGCGAUUACCAAAAACUUCCAUUUUACCGUGGACUACGCCUUUACGAAACAGGAUGCGUAGAAAAUGUUCUGCAAGUCGGUUUCCAUUUAAGUGGCAUUGUCGCUGCGCCUAAGUCUUCUAGUAAUAGCUCACAUCCUAAUUUUCCGGAAUCGGACAAAAGAUGUAGAGUGUCCAUUACGUUUGACAGGUGUAAAAUAACAUCUGUAACGUGUACGUGUGACACAAGAGACAUAUUCUGGUGUCAACAUGUUGUAGCUUUAGCUUUAUACAGAAUACGCAAUGCAGAUAGUGUUAGACUACGCGUACCCAUUUCUGAAACGUUACUUCAGUUAGAUCGGGAGCAGCUUCAAAAAUUAGUUCAAUAUUUAAUUGCUGAACAUCAUACAGAGGUUUUACCUACUGCCCAAAGACUAGCAGAUGAUAUCCUUCAAACUAAGUCUUUAAUUAAUCGAAUAGCCGGAGCUCCUGAUCCAACCGCAGGAGCUCCGGCCGAUGAAGAACACAGCUGGCAUCUUGAUGAAGAACAAGUUGGGGAACAAGUUCGUACAUAUCUGUCUCAGGGAAGCUACUAUAGUGCUAACAAGCAGCUCAACUGCCUUUUUUCUAAAGUGAAAGAAAUGUUACGAGCAAAAGACUCCAAUGGUGGACGUAUGUUGCGUCUAAUUACUGAACAAUUUCUAGCAGAUCCUCGACUGGUUAUCUGGCACUCUCAAGGCACUCCUAUGACAGAUAAAUGUCGACAGUUAUGGGACCAGUUAGGUAUGUUGGACCGGCUAGGUGCAUUAUGGGUUUGCAUAGUUCUGAAUCCACACUGCACAGCUCUUGAGAGAUCACAUUGGAAAACUUACUUAGAAAAGUGGGCUAAUAUGCAUGUAUGUCCUUUAGAAGAUGCAGAUUUCAGGCCUAUGAGAGGGAACAAUAGCAGUCGACGAAGAAUAUUAGUUGAUGACUCUUCAUCAGAUUCUUCUGAUGAAGAUAAUGAUCGUCCAAAGGAGCGCUCAUUGACUGGCCACCACCGAAUUUCUUCUGCACCUCAGCUAAGAACGAUCUUCCAUCGAGCACUUGAAGCCUGCCAUCUGAGUUGGGAUGAUCCUCAUUUGAAAUUCAUUUUAAAUAAUGAUAGCCUUAGUCCUAACACUGAAACACCUGCUUUAGGAGCCUUCAAUUCUCAGGGAUAUCCUCUUUGGCCUGAACAUAUCCCCACUGCUUGCGCUAGAGUCGAAGCAUUACGAUCUCAUGGAUAUCAACCGGAAGCAUUGAGACUAGCUGUAGCAAUCGUUAGAACAAUGAAGCGACAACAAAGAGACUGGCAAUGUCGAUGGCAAGCAGAACAAGACAGGGGAGUUGCUCCUUGCUCAAGUUCUGGUAUCACAAGCAAUCCACUGCACUACAAUUCUGAAGGUUGGAUUGGACAUCCUCUUGAUCCUGUUGGUGCUCUUUUUGAUACAUUAGCUGAAUCAUCUUUGAUACCUGAGACUAAAUCAUUUGAUCAGUACUAUGAUGUAAGCAUCACUAAUGCAUCUAAUGAAGAGGGCAACUUAGCACCCCGAGAAAGACCUAGGUAUCAUCAUGUGUCUGUGCCAGGCAGUAGAGAUAGAAGUGAAACUUAUCUGUCAUUAGCUGUUGAAGCUGCUCUUAUUGGUCUAGGUCAGCAGCGUGUGAUGCCUUUAGGCUUGUAUGCUCAAGAAAAAGCUUGUAAACAUGAAGAUCGUCUCAUCACAAAACUUCAUGACAUUGACUUGGAUGGUACACUAGUCGCUGUACUUCGAAAACAAGCCAUGCUUUUGCUUGAAGGUGGACCUUUUAGUGGCCUGGGAUGUGGUAUACAUCCUGAAAGCGUUCCAAUGCAUACCUUUGCUAAAUAUUUAUUUACUGCACUUUUACCAUAUGAUUCAGAAUUGGCGUAUAAUGUUGGUCUUCGAGCAAUGAGGUUACCCAUUCUUGAAGAUCAUGAAGAUUCUGAAGAGGUUGCCAUAAAUCCCUCUUUGAAUCCUUCUGUUCUAAGCCGCUAUCCUCGUUGGUUCACUUUGGGACAUAUAGAAGUUCAACAAUGUGCUUUAGCCUCUACCAUGCUUUCAGCUGCCAAAAGUGACGUUGUGAAGCUUCCAACUGUUUUAAAAUCAGCUCAACGUAAUAUUCAUAGUUCCUCUCAGCUGUUCAAACUUGCCCAAGAUGCAUUUCGUAUAGCUGUUCCACCUGAUGGGGGUGGGAGACAUCCUACUCUUUUAGAUGCAGCUUUUCAGCUUGGUCUCCAGGUGAUGCGAAUGACUUUGGCCUCCUUAAACUGGAGGAGGCGAGAGAUGGUGAGGUGGUUAGUCACAUGUGCCACUGAACUAGGAUUAGAAGCUGUUAUAUCCAUCAUUCAAAAUUGGUAUCAACUGUUUUCACCAACUGAAGCUACUGGUCCGGUUGCAACUACUGUUAUGUCUCAUGCCACUGUAAUGCGGCUAAAUUUGGACUUUCGACAACAAGAAGAACUAGCAAGUUGUGCUCGUACCUUAGCUCUUCAAUGUGCCACUAAGGAUCCACCAAACUGUGCUCUCAAUGCUCUGACGCUGUGUGAAAGUGAACCUUUUGCUUUUGAAGCAGCAUAUCAGAUAGUUGUGGAUGCGGCUACGACUAAUGUCAUGACCUCAUCCCAACUAUUCACGGUAGCUCGGUACAUGGAACACCGGGGCUACCCUCACCGUGCUUACAAAUUGGCUGUUUUGGCCAUGAAGGGUGUCCACCUUGCCUAUAAUCAGGACAAUCACCCUGCCAUAAAUGACAUUCAUUGGGCGUGUGCUCUUGCCCACUCUCUGGGCAAAUCAGAACUGACAAAUCUUGUUCCCCUCCUUGUCAAAAAUGUGCAAUGUGCCACUGUGCUUUCUGACAUUCUUAGACGCUGCUCUAUGGCUGCUCCAGGUAUAGCCACACUGGAUGCUAAGCGGCGGUGUAUCAAACCUCUCUCUUUGGACAAACCUCCUCUGCGUCAGCUUCUGGAGGCUGCCAUAUCAGCAUAUGUGAACACUACGCACUCCCGUCUGACGCACAUUAGUCCUCGCCAUUAUGGUGACUUUAUUGAGUUCCUCGGCAAAGCAAGAGAGACGUUCCUACUGGCACAAGACGGACACAUCCAGUUCGCUCAACUGGUGGACAAUAUGAAAUCCGCUUACAAAGGAAAGAAAAAGCUCAUGCUCCUAGUCAAGGAAAGGUUUGGCUAGCCCAUUGUAAUAUUCUACAGCCUUGUGUGUUUUUGACAUGGAUACUUUAUACUCGGGUUAAUGAUAUUUUCCCAUAAAGCUGUGAUUUGAUGUGUGAGUGACAAGAUGGGGAAGACCUGAGGCAGGGCCAGUGUCCCACUAUAUAAUAUUGUUCCAGGCGAGCAAUAGGAAAUUGCCUUCUGUCAGUUACUAUGUUGAGAAGUUCUGCAGGACAGGAUACAGAGUUAUUCAGUAAAAUAUUCCAAAGGAUAAUCAUUUUAAGAUGGCAUUUUUUUUUUUCAAUUUAUUUUAUAAAUACUCAUAUUGUUAUUUUUUUCUAUGUCAUUUUUUUGCAACAGUUUUUGAUGCUUAAAAAAUAGUUAAGCAUAAAUUAUGUUUAAAAAUUUUAGUUUCAAGUAUCUUAACGCACGCUAAAUAAGUUUUUUUUUCUUUUAUAAUUAGUUGCAAAAACUAGUUAAACUAUAAUUUUAGGAGCUUUUUAUGAUACAAUGACAAGCCACGAAAGAAGGUUAAAAAAAUAUGCUUUUUGAAUCUUUAAAAUCUAUUUAACAUUGUAAUUUUUUACCGACAUUUUCAGCUGUGACAGCAUAGUGGUGAAGGCACUCGGCUAUAAUGUGAGACCCCCAAUAAUUUCCUCAGUAAGAGUUGCUGCAAAAUGCUGGCCACAUUGCCACCAUCAUGCUUUUG